GUGGGUAGGUAGCAGCGGGCUCGUUGGUGCGAACGGGAGGCGGGUCUCAGGUGAGGUGACCCAGCUUCCUGUUCCCGCGCCCCGGGGGCGCUGGGCCUGGCCUGGACGGGGCGUGGAGCAGAGCGGCCUCGUCUCCAUAGCCAGUGCUUGGGAUGGGAGCAGCACAUGGACUCCCAUGGCCCCCCACCUAGGAGCCGGACCUGCUGGCUGCUUCUGGGGCACAGAGUGGUGCCCCAGGUCAGUCAAUCUCCCACUGCUACUAUGGAUUCUCUCUUUAAACCGGGUGUCCUCAGCGUAAUUGCAGGAGUCGCAUGUGGAGUAUGCCUGGGCUGGGGCAUUCGUGGGCGAUUCUUUAGACCAUCCAGAGCCAAAAUGCCUGUGUUUGCAAAUGAGCUGGGGAAUGAAGCCAGUAUCAUGGGAGAAUCUGGAGAAUACAAGAUGGUGCUGAUAGUCCGUAAUGACUUAAAGAUGGGAAAGGGUAAAGUAGCAGCACAGUGUUCUCAUGCUGCAGUUUCUGCCUACAAGCAAGUUCAACGAAGAAAUCCUGAGCUCCUUAAACAGUGGGAGUAUUGUGGACAGCCAAAAGUGGUUCUCAAAGCCCCUAAUGAAGAGGCACUAGUUCAACUCCUUGUUGAUGCUAAACAGCUGGGACUGACUGUGAGUAUAAUCCAAGAUGCAGGUCGUACUCAGAUAGCACCAGGCUCCCGGACUGUACUAGGGAUUGGACCAGGACCAGCUGAUGUAGUGGAUAAAGUUUCUGGCCAUCUCAAACUCUUCUAAGAUGGAGAACAAGCCUGAGUUUUAUUGGAGCAAUUUUAUCCUUCAGCACCAAAGUAGUAAUGGGGAUAAAAUCCAAGCUGUUUUCAUUUCUAUGGUUCUGCUUUAGUAAAAAUAAAAAGCAUGUCUAUCUUUAGACCUUUU